GAAAAUCUCGAAAGUGCCAGAAUCACUGAUUUGAAUGAGCGGCCUUUGUGUUAGCCUCUGUAACGGUGUACAAACGACCGGCAAGUGUCAACAAAUAAAGGACCCCACAACAGAGCACGAAUCACAAGCAUCACAAGCAUCACAAGCAGGAUGGCGCAGUACAAGGGAGCAGCAAGUGAAGCGGGACGGGCAAUGCAGAUCAUGAAGAGAAGGGAGAAGGAGCUGGAGGAGAUGGAGCAGAAGAAGAGAAAGCUUGAAGAAUCGCUUAAAAUCAACAAGAUAGAGAACAAGUUUGCCGUCCAUUAUGAUGCUGUGGAGCAGCAGCUGAAGAGCUCAACGAUUGGUUUAGUAACUCUGAAUGAGAUGAAAGCCAAGCAGGAAGAUGUUGUGAAGGAGAGAGAGAAGGAGCUUGCACGGAAGCAGAAGGAACAAGAGAAAUUGAUGAAGAAGGAAAUAGAAGCAAAACAGGCAAAGAAAAAAGAGCAAAGAGAUAAGAUUGCAAAGCUCAGUUUUUGUCCAGAUGAUGAAGAGGAAGAAGAGGAGGAAGAGAAGGAAACAAUCGUGGUGUGUAAAACGAGCGAGAGCAAGGACUUCCGCAUGGCCAAGAACCCAGAUGUGGACACAAGCUUCCUGCCAGACAGAGAAAGAGAGGAUGCAGAGAAUAGAUUACGAGAAGAACUAAGACAGGAAUGGGUAGGUAAACAAGAGGCCAUGAAGAAUGAAGAAAUAGAGAUCACUUUCAGCUACUGGGAUGGGUCAGGUCAUAGACGAUCAGUUCGUAUGAAAAAAGGAAACAGUGUGUAUCAGUUUUUACAAAGAGGUCUGGAAAUCUUGCGGAAGGAGUUCAAUGAGCUGCGCACUGUCUCAGCUGACCACCUUAUGUACAUAAAAGAAGACCUGAUUAUACCUCAUCACUACACAUUUUAUGAUUUCAUUGUGAAUAAGGCCAGAGGUAAGAGUGGACCUUUGUUCCAUUUUGAUGUCCGUGAUGAUAUCAGACUAGUGAGCGAUGCUUCAGUGGAGAAGGAAGAAUCCCAUGCAGGCAAGGUGGUGAUGCGAAGCUGGUACGAACGCAACAAGCAUAUCUUCCCUGCAAGUAGGUGGGAACCCUAUGACCCGCAGAAGAACUAUGAGAAGUAUACCAUAAAGGACAAGAACAAGAAGAAGUAAAAGAACCUUGCCAGGCUUUCAAUAGUACAAAUCGUGCUCCUAUUCAAAAACUGCCAGGGAUAUAGUACAGGGUAAAGACAUCUUAAAGAUACGUCCAACAUAGUAGGACCAGCGCCACUUAUGACCAAUUUAGUUAGAAAAUUUGGUAGAGCUUAAGGUUUUGGCUAGGAAGUGGCUCAAGAUUUUCCUGGAUCUUAGGGAAUCUAGUGGUAGUGCCAAACAUUUACUUGAACACUGUAUUCCACUGUAAGGAAAUAUACAGUAUAGUGGCCCAAUUCUGUUUCUGUUCUUGUUCUGCCUUUUUUAUUUUUUCUAUUUUUCUUUCUUUUUUGUUGUUUUUGUCAUUUACAGUACAAGUUAUGCAAAGUAAAUAGAAAGCACAAUCAAACUUGUGAUAUGUAAAGGUAAUUAAUUUCAGCCAGUGUAUUGCAGAUUUAUCAUUAAAGAAAUAACUGAAAGUUUGUAUAUAUUGCCAAGUCUUACUUUGAAAAGAAGCACAUAGCAGAAGAACAGAAAAGAAGGUUUACCGCAGAUGAUUAUGACAAUUUAUUUAGUAUGUAAUUGUACUCCCGGGUUACAUAUGAUUUCUGUGUGAAAGAAAUUGUUUGUGCUAAGAUGUCCUUUAUAAAUGGACUUUUAACAUUAUUUUGAUACCGUUCAUUAGUAAUUCUGAGACUAGUAGAAUAAAAAUGUGGUAAUAUUUGCAUUUUACUCGAUAUGAUUAUUUAUUUCAGUAGUUAUUACCAUCAUCACUAUCAGUACUUUUAUACUUGUCUUUCAUUAUUGCAUCACUAUUGUAAAUAUCAUCAUCAGUACUGUUAAACAUCGUCAUCAUAUAACCAUUACAACUACCUCUUCUUGUUUGUUAAAGUCCUGUAAUCUGUCUUGUGGAUCCUUACUCAAGUUUCAGCUAACCUUAGAAAUGCUUAUUACAAAAUAUUUUGCCCUGAAUACACUGAAUGGAGUUGUUAUUUAACAUCUUGUUGCUGGUAGUUCAGAGUUUCUUCCAUAGAGAGAGGUAGUUAAAGGGCUUGAUAAUCAAGUUCACCUCAGUCAUAAGAACACCUCGAGUUAAGAGGAACAACAGGUAAAACCUCAUCCAGGCAACUUAGUAAUAUGUUGGGAAAGUACUAUGUAUACAUAAUUCAAACCUGCCAUUAAUGUUAGACCUUUAAGGAAUGAAGAUGUAGGUUUGAAGAUUCAGAUUUUAGGUAAAGCUAUAUCCACAUACCCAGAAUCCAUGAGUACUUCCUGUAGGUUAAACCUUGACUUAUGCAAUGUGUCAAUAGUUUACCCCCUAAACUACAAGUUGUCUCAUUAAAGGUCUUUUUGAUAGCCUGCAACUUACCUCUGUGAGAUAAAUUUGCAUUUCAAUAUGUUUUAAUGUUUGGUAUUUAUGUAUCAUCCAGGGUACCCCAUCCCAUUCACAACCUUCACUGUGUUUUUUCUUAGACUACUGUGUGUGGUAGCUAUUACAUAAAAAUAAAACAUUUUCCUAAACAAAAAGAAAACAGAAAAACAUGCUUUACAGCUCCAGGAGAACCAUAGAAUGGAUUUGUAAUUCAUCAUCCAGUUAAACUCAGCUUUUCACUGGCUACAGGAUUGAAAUGUUGAUAUAUUUCUUUUAGAUUAUUGCAUCCCUGAUGUCACAAAUAGCUACAAAUGUAUUGGGUAGGUAAACCUUCCAUAGGCAAGCCAUGCCACAAGGUUAUAGUAUAGUGAAUUCUUAUUGAAAUUCAAGGCUUUAGAAUUUGAUUGUUUUUGUUCUUAACCAGUUCAGUACUCUUGUUUGUUAAGCAAUCUCUAGCUUCUAUCACACUUUCUGAAAGAGAGAAGGCUAACUCACCAUUUGUUGUCCUUUUUUUUACCUGGAGCUCAUUUAAAAGUGCUGAAUAAUUCUGUUUCAUAUGCCUUAUAUUAAAGUUCAUGGUAUUAGCACAGAGGUAUAUAAUUGAAUAUUUACUCAUAAAUAACACUUAGUCACCAGGGACUCAGUGGCCUUCAUGAUCUUGCCUGUUUAUUCUUUUCUAUUACUGUCAUUGUUGGCAUGGUCAUUAUCGUGUUCAUUAUCUUUCUUAUUAUUGUAGUUGUGAUUAUAAAUGUAAUAUUAUUAAUAGAAUUUAUGAAAGAUAUAAAAAUAUCCCCACAAGAAAUGAAAUGAUUAUGUAAGAUCAUGUUGACUUAGUAAUUGACAUCUUAUGCACUUGUGGAGCCAUGUGUGUAAACAGAAUUGAUGAGAGGAAACCACACAAAUAGCUUGCACUCCUGGCAUCAAGUGGUCAAGUUUUCAGUGCUAUUAGUCACUUAGUUUUGAUAUUUUAUGUUGCCAUUGGUUUUGUCUCCCAUCCCACCUACUCUUAGUGAUUAUUUUUUCUGUACUGGUUACAUGAAGUUUGUUCAUAGACAUACUCACACUUCUUCCUGUUUCCUCUUUGGUUGACAAAACCUGAGCUUUUUGCUCUCCUUUUCAACAUUACAAAAAGAACUGGAUUCAGAGAAACAUUGAUGGAUGCUGAUUUACCUUGAAUUGUAUGGAGUAUUUUUCAGAUAAAUUUAUUAAAGAUCUGCAGUUUCACCCAAGAAGAAUUUAAUAAUAUUAUUAUCGUCAUUGUUGUUAUAAUUGUUAUUAUACAUAUUGUUCCUUAUGUGAUUUUAUUUAAAUGGCAGUUUAUGAAAUAAAACAAAGUAUAGACUUUA